AAGGUGCGUGACUGCUUUGUUUACAAAUGGAUGACAAACUGAAGUGAAUAAGUCGUAUAAUAUUUAUCCCUGUUUAAAACAUAAUAGAGGCAGUAUCAAUAAGAGUUGUUGUAUUUACAGUAAUUAAUAGAAGUACAGUAUGAGUAAACAACCAGUCCCCAAAACAACUGGUACUAAACCAAAACAGACUACAGGUGCAGUUAGAGCUUCUCCUGCAGGAAGGGGAGCUCCUUCAGGUAGAGGUUCUCCUGCAGGAAGGGGAGCUCCUUCAGGUAGAGGAAAAGCAGUAUUACCACGAGGCAUGCAACCUAUUGCCAUGACAAAACAAGAUGGAAUGUUAGUUCCUGAAGGAUACACCAUGAGAAAAAUAGAACCAGCCAAGAAUUAUGAUGUUGUGUCAUUUGCCAGAGCCAUGAAUCAAGAUUUUGCUCCAAGACUAAAGAAGUUAUUUGAUCCAGAAGUUGAAGCUGCUUUAAAUGCUCAGAAAACAGGAAUCUAUAUUGGAUGGAGAUGUCCAGAGUUUAAACAUGAUUGUCAAAGGGUUAAUGAUUAUUCCAAAUGUUUCUGUGGUCAUCUGUUAAAUGGACAUGCAAAUUACACAGGAAAGAGUGUACAGGUACCAUGCAGACAAGGGGGAUGUAAAUGUAAAGGCUUUGCUUGGACUCCUUCCCGUCCUGAGGAUGUAGGCGAAUUCUGGCAUCAACGUAGAAGAGAUUUUGAUCCUAGUACAUGGAGAGCUAAAUGUCGUUGUAAACACACACAUGAGGAACAUGAUCCAACAGGGAUGAGAAGAUGUAAAUCUAGAGGUUGUUCAUGUGGCCAUUUUGAUUCUAACUUUUUGUGUGCUGCUUGUGAUAAUCAUUGGGAGAGACAUGACACUUUCUUUGAAACAGAAGAUAUCAGAAGACAAAAUGGACUUCCUGUUGGAACUGACUAUAUACCAUUUGCUGAAAUGCCAGAUCUGAGAAACAUAGCUCUCACAGGAGAUGAAUUUGAUGAUUCUAAAUAUUUGGCCUUGACCCAAGGUGAAGGAUCAAUACCACAAUCAAAUAGACCAAUGGGAAAUGAUACUCCAGUGAACUUUGGCGGAAGUAAAAGUGGAUUUAAACCAGUCUAUGAUUGAUUUAUAUUUAGAUUAGUUGCAAACUGUUUGUGUUGCCUACAUGUAUAUGUAUAUAUAGGUAGAAGACAACUGUCAAAUCUCAUAAACAACAAAAAUUAUUUAAAACUAAAGAUCUUAAACAUCACUUAUGAUAUUGACUGCUUAUUGAGAAUUAUGACAGGAAGCUUAAUUUUCAAUGUUAUCCUUAAAAAAGGUUUUAUGAUUUUAAGAACCAAAAUUAUUUAUUCCUUUUAAUAGAUACACAAUAGAAAAAAAUGCUUUCUACAAGUGAUUCGUCUGUGAUGUCUGCAGAACAAUACAAAAUUAUUGGGCUUGAAUGGCAACUAGGUGAACAUAUGCUGGUGAAAAUUGUCUGUUAUCUUUAUAUUAUUCAUAUAUGUAAAGAUCUGAUCUUAUGUUUCAUGUAUGUAAAGAUCUGAUCUUAUAUUUCAUGUAUGUAAAGAUCUGAUCUUAUGUUUCAUGUAUGUAAAGAUCUGAUCUUAUGUUAUUGUUUUAUUUCAGAUGUUAACUCUAAUCUUGCUAUAUUUUGGUUCUAUGUUAUACAAUUCUUAAUAUCUGUAUUUUUACCAGACAGAACGAUUAUCAACUCAUAACCCUCCUACAUAUUUGGAUAUUAUUUGGUAUUUAAAAAACAAUUGUAGAGAACAAUAAUUAUACUUUUUGUACCUGUUUUAAAUAUGUUUCUAUUCAGAAGAUACAAAUAUAUUUGCUUUCGGCGCUAAGUCAUUUAUAACUAAUAGAAUAACGAUAUGUUCAUCAAAUAUGAAUCUUCAACUGGCUGUAAAAGAUACCUAAUUAUUUAUGACAUUUUUUUACAUUUAAGUUGUUUAAAUGUGAUAUUAUAUUCUGUGAUAGAUGCCUUGCCAAGUCUGUGAUAUUUUAAAUUUGUUGUAGAGCUUUUUUGUUUAAAAGUAGUUGUUUAGGUGUAAUACCACCAAAUCAUGGUACGUCACAUCCGGUUGUAUAUGAAAAUAGGUCGAAAAAAAAUAUUCCCUUGAAUUUGACAGUUGUAGGUAAUUAAUCCUACAUUUUAUUGCAGUUAAAGAUUUCUGUGUCAUAAACAUUUGUCUUGGGUAUUUCAAAGCACCAUUAUUUUUUUAUUUGGGAUUUCUAUAUAAUAUUUUGUAAUCUUGAGGUUACAUGGUGACUAAACUUUGUACACAGAUAAAAUAAGGGGAGAAAUUUGAUUAGUUAACUUCCAGUGAUGGUUAUUUUCUUAUAUGCAAUGAAGUGCUAUGUGAAUUUUUUAUCUAUAGUAUUGAACAGGAUAAAACUUUACUCAUGCCAAGUAUUUCUUUAUUUGAAGCAAAGAUCAUACACAUUUUUUUGAAAAGCGCAAAUUUAACAAAGACUAAUUGGGGAAAAUCAAUGGUAGUAUUACACCUAUAUUGUGCACCGUUAUAAUUUUUGAGUUCUUGGACAAUUAUGUUUGUCAGGUAUAUACAUUUAUUCUUGCACAUGCUUUUUAUAUUUUUAUUUUUGUUUACUAUGCUAUUACUUCCCUUGUCAAAUCUUUUGUGCAAUUCUGAGGUUUUAUGAUAAAAGCUGAUAAAAAAAAAAAAAUAUCGCUAUUUUGUGCAUUUUUCCUUUGAUCUUUUUUUGUGAUAAUUUUUCAUAUCAUGCUUCUCACUUGAGAUGGAAAAUUAUCACUAGAAACUAAGGAGGCAUGUGGGGUUGCUAAUGAAAUUGACAACGUCAUCAUAGGUGAAAUAGUGAUUAACAGAUUAUCAUAGGUCAUCUCAACUCGAUUGCUUAUCAAUCUCGCUGCGAUGAUCAACGAUAAUCUAUAAAUACAAGUCACAAUCUUACAAAUAAUUUUGGGUUAAAGUUGCAUCUUUUUUCUUAAUAGUCAACAUUUUAGAAAAAACUAAUCCUUUUAUUGUGCUGUUGUUUUUUCAAACUUUAAACAUUAUCUCUCAGGAAUGUUUCAUGCAGAAAAGUGGCUUAAUUCAGUUUCCUCUUUUUAAAGUCUGAAACAUUACACAUGCAACUUAUGUGUUAAAUACACAUAAAAUUUGUUCACUGCAACACACUGCUUUAUUAUCUUUAUACAGAUUUUACAUUGUUAUUAUUAAAGUAGUUAUUUAUAUUUUUUAUUAAAAUCUUUGAAAAAAAUA